ACCGACCACUCGUGUCCUCUAGAGGGCAGUAAAGCCGAGGUCACAUCCUCUGUUUGUUUGGCUGGUCGAUAGACAGAAGCUUGUUAGCAUGUCGGAGUACAGCACGGUUCAAAAAGGCUCCCUAAAACUAAAAGGGGUUUCUGUAGCGAGUAAAAAGAAAAAGAAGAAGGACAAGGAAAGGAAACGUUUAGAGGAGCAGGUCUUGACCACUCAAAACGAAGAAGGAACGAAGAAAGUUUAUGUUGAUAAAAGGACACCCGCACAGAUGGCUUUUGACAAAAUACAAGAAAAAAGGCAAAUGGAAAGAAUUUUAAAGAAGGCCUCCAAAACACACAAGAGAAGAGUUGAGGAUUUCAACAGACACCUGGACACACUGACAGAGCAUUACGACAUUCCCAAAGUCAGCUGGACUAAAUAAAUAUCUAUGGAUUUUCAACUGGGUGCUUUCAGAGCAGGAUCAGCUGCCAGGAUGUUACCAUACAUGCUUUUUGCUUAACCUGCAACAUACAGAGUGUCUCUCCCCAGUUAUCAUUUUCUUUUUGGGAUGUAGUAUCGUCAUUGUUUUUUAAACUGUCUAUUUAAGAUUUUGAUUAAGUUUUGUUUAUUGUAAAACUUGACCACCACAUAAAGAAUUAAGUGUUUUGUUUCGAUUGGUCUUCAAGAUUUCUGAAUGAUUAUAGUGGCCUGAAAACAUGUAACAGUAAAGGACACAGUUGGUUUAAAAGUAACUUGUUUAUAUGCUUCCACUGGCCUCAGGAUUUUAUUUUAUUUGCCCCUAGAGCUGCUCAAGAAUCUAGACUCUCUCUGUCUGACCGCCUGAAGUCAGGGAUGUUUUUUUUUUUUUUUUUUUUUUUUUUUUUUUUUUUUUUUUUUUUUGAAAGAACAAAACUUCAGCUUAUAAUGUUUGGGACAGAGGAAGCCUGAAAAACACUUUUAAUCAAGUGUAUAUAACAUGGGUGUUAUCUUUGAUGGAGAAAUAAAGCUUGAUAAACAGCUUAA